UUCCCUCUCAAACCAUAUUAUAAAAACCUUAAUUCAUUUAAAAGAUUAGUAACCAUGUUGCAAUUCAUCAUGUUGGCAAUACCCAUCUUAGCUAGUUGGUUUUCUUUAUCUAUUGUUAUUCUUCUUUCAUUUUUCUCUCUUUGCUAUUUUUAUUUCAAAUCCAAAAGUUCAAAAACAUACAAGUUUCCACCAGGGCCGGCACCACUUCCAUUGAUAGGGAACCUUCACCUACUGAAUAUGAAGAACCCGGACAUCUCUUUAACGCAGCUGUCAGAGAAAUAUGGUACAAUAUAUACUUUUCACAUGGGGACAAAAAAGUUUGUUGUGCUGACUGGUUAUGAUACAGUGAAGGAUGCUUUAACAAACCAUGCAGAAGAAUUUGGAGACAGAGGACAUGUGCCAAUUUUUGAAAAAUCUUUCAGCAACUAUGGUAUAAUAUUUUCCAGGGGAGAAUCCUGGAAGCAGAUGAGAAGAUUUGCAUUAUCCACACUCAGAGAUUUUGGAAUGGGCAAAAAGACAAUUGAACAUCGAAUACUGGAAGAAACUGCUGCUCUGAUAAAGGUGUUUGAGUCUUUUAAAGGACAGCCAUUUGAGAGUACAUUAAUUAUGAACAAUGCAUUAGCCAACAUAAUCUGUUCAGUAGUGUUUGGACAGAGGUUUGAAUAUGACGAUGAAAAAUUCAUUCGACUUUUAAAAGUAAUAAAUGAAAGCAUUAAACUAGGUGGGACUACAACUCUACGGCUUUACAAUGCCUUUCCUUUCCUGGGAUUUCUUCCUGGUGCUCAUAAAAAAAUUAUUAAACUCAGGGAAGAUCUUAACAGGGAAGUGGCAAAGAUGCUUACGGAAUCCAAGUCUACUUUUAAUCAUAGCAAUUUACGAAGUUUUGCUGAUGCAUUCAUUGUGAGGCAAGAAAUUGAGGCAAAAAAUGAAGCUACACAUUUCCAUGAUGAAAACCUUCUCUUUACAACACAAAAUUUAUUUGGAGCUGGUACAGAAACAACAUCUACAACUCUCCGCUGGGGGAUUCUUCUGUUGGCAAAAUAUCCUGACAUACAAAAGAAGGUACAGGAUGAGAUAGAUCGCAUCAUUGGACCUGUACGACCCCCUGCUGUUGAAGAUCGUAAAAAUAUGCCAUACUGCAAUGCAGUUAUCCAUGAACUUCAACGAUUUGGCAAUAUUGUUCCCAUGAAUCUUCAGCAUGAAACAGCUAUGGAUACUCAUUUCCGAGGUUAUUUUCUUCCAAAGGGAACACAAGUGAUUCCUUUGUUAACAUCUGUACUUCGGGACAAAACUCAGUGGAAAACACCUUACUUGUUCAACCCAUCCCAUUUUCUCAACACCGAAGGACAGUUUAUUAAGCACGAUGCAUUUAUGCCUUUUUCUGCAGGAAGAAGAGCUUGUAUUGGAGAAAAUCUGGCCAGAAUGGAGCUUUUCCUGUUCUUUGUUGCAUUGCUGCAGAAAUUUACAUUUCGUCCUCCACCUGGUGUCACUGAAAAGGAUCUGGAUCUUGAACCAAGACUUGGGAUAACAAAUUCUCCAAAAUCCUUACUACUCUGCGCAGUACCUCGCUAGCAUGGAAAAUCAGUAUUAGUGCAUUGCUUCUAAUAAAAGUUUAAUAAAAUUGACUAACCCGAGUUGUACAAUGAAAGUAGGUUGCUCAGACAGACCAGUGUCACAAAAUGUGAUGUAAAUAUAACUAUAGUUAAUACAAUAAUCAGAAAACACAAGCCAUGAAAGGCCUGUUUCUCAUGUAUUUGCCAUAAUAUAAGGAAUCUGACUUGUUCAGAUUUUACAUUUACAGUUGUAAUUAUAUAUAUAUAUAUAUAUAUAUAUAUAUAU